AUCCUCGCUGACACGCAGACCUUCCUUCCCGCCUCUCACCUCACUGAUUUUCUAGCUAGUCACCCCUUCUUACAACCCCGAGAUGAACAGUGUAGCAUAGUAAGUUUUAGCCUGAUUAAUUUUAUAUCUAGUCUAUUCCUGUAAUAUUUUAAAUACAAACGAGUGUUCAUAUAAUUUAACUGUCGGCGUUAAAGCAACGUUCUUGAAAGGGCUUGUUCAAAAAUCGCGACAAGCAAAUUUUAUUCAGCAGCAAAUGUUUGAUUUCUUAUACUCAAUACAUUUUCUUAUCGGUCAGUUGAUGAAGUUGUUGCAUGAGUACACACAGACACUGGUUCCGGAAACAUCCGGUGAUGAGGAAGAUGCGGUGGCGGAGUGUAGCGGGGACGAGCAAGGUGAAAGAGCAAGCUCGACCAGCAACGAACCGGAAGUUCUCCUAGAUGCGGACAUGGACAUGGACACGACUUCUCUCAACAUGACAAGUGUCGACGAAGGGAAAGGUGACGGUGGAGAUUCCGAGAGCGAAGAUGAAGAACUACGGGCGCUUGAAAACAGGAAACGGGAACUAGAGAGCGAGAAGCAGAAGCUAAAUGAUGAACGGCAUCGGCGGCGAGCCGCCAGGGAGCGGCGGAAACAGCAGCUGACGGUCCAGGUCCGCGACCUUGAGCAGGAAGUGGCUGAAAUAAGCGGCAUCGCUGAUAGAGAAACGAAUUACCGAUAUUAGUCUAGACAUACCUAUGCUCAUGAUGCCAUCGUUAGAAUUUCCAAUGGGUGGUGGCAGAGGAGGGCCAGGCACCUGCUGAACAGACAUCGGCACAGGUGGUUGUUCUGAAAACAAAUUAACCACCAGGCUACAGCAGGACAGUAACAACAUUGAAAUUAAGCUUUUACAUACAGUAAUUUAUGUCAGAUUUUA